UGCGCCCUCCGCGGACCGUGCGACCUAGUGUGCAGCAAGAGCGGUGCUCUCUGUCCCGCUGACCCCGCGCCGAGCCCGGGCGGCUCGUGCCGCGGCCGCACACCGCGCCACGCGUCGAGAGCGCAGGCCCCGAAGGCCCGCAGCACUGACAGCAUGAGUCGUACGGCCUACACUGUGGGAGCCCUGCUUCUCCUCUUGGGGACCCUGCUGCCGGCUGCUGAAGGGAAAAAGAAGGGGUCCCAAGGGGCCAUCCCCCCGCCAGACAAGGCCCAGCACAAUGACUCGGAGCAGACUCAGUCUCCCCAGCAGCCUGGCUCCAGGAACCGGGGGCGGGGCCAGGGGCGGGGCACUGCCGUGCCCGGGGAGGAGGUGCUGGAGUCCAGCCAGGAGGCCCUGCAUGUGACGGAGCGCAAAUACCUGAAGCGAGACUGGUGCAAAACCCAGCCGCUGAAGCAGACCAUCCACGAGGAGGGCUGCAACAGCCGCACCAUCAUCAACCGUUUCUGCUAUGGCCAGUGCAACUCUUUCUACAUCCCCAGGCACAUCCGGAAGGAGGAAGGCUCUUUUCAGUCUUGUUCCUUCUGCAAGCCCAAGAAGUUCACCACCAUGACGGUCACGCUCAACUGCCCCGAACUACAGCCACCCACCAAGAAAAAGAGGGUCACUCGUGUCAAGCAGUGUCGUUGCAUAUCCAUCGAUUUGGAUUAAGCCGGGCCUACCCAGCCUGUCCUUGGGGUGCAAGCCCCCAGGCGGGCCCAGAACCAGACCUAAAUCAACCUGAUUCUUACUUGGCUUAAAUCUAGAGGCAAGAAGAACCACCAGCUGCCUUCUGCCAGGAGCCUGCUAGUGCGUAGUUUGUGUGCAUGAGUGUGCAUGGGUCCCUGUGGGUGUUUGCAGACACCAGAGGAAACACAGUCUCUGCUAGAGGGCACUUCCUGUUAUGUAAACGUAUCUGCUUCCAUGCGGGAUGGUACAGAAAGCCCACACCACCUGAGGCACAUUUGGAGGGGCAGGGUUCUGCCUUGGUCUUCCAUGUGCCCUCCUGGGGACCAGAACCUCCCUUCAGAAUGAAUGUUAAUGGAAGAGGCUACCCUGAGGGCAAGAGACCUGUUUUAGUGCUGCCUUGGCCUUAGGAUAUUUCAACCUGUGCUUGCUUUCCCCCUUCCUCUUCCCUGUCACAGUCCAUCCCUUCUUAGGAUCUCAGUGACUAUUUCCGUCUAAUCCCCUACCUGCCAGAGGUUCUAAAGUAACUCGCUUGACCACAGAUGCAAAUGUUUCCAAUUUGGGGAAGACCUUUCAGACUCUGGGGGAGGCUGGUAGGGCAGGAACGUUAGAGGAUUGAGAGAAGGGAGAGAUCGCAGGUGAGGACCAGUUGGCCCAGCAAAAUUCAGGAGGGAGGUGUGCAGAGCCUGGAAAGGCCAACCCCCAAACACGGUGAGCCCCAUGCUUUAGCAAGUUUUUUCCUGGUAUUUAAAGAA